GUCGCACGGGGUCAGAGGAACCAUCGUCAGAAUCAGUCCAUCACAGCAGACCACAGACAUCACAUCAGAGCAGAUUCCAGAACCAGAAUGGCAGGAGACACCGAUAUCCAACUUCUCAGGGUGAUCAGAGACCUACAAGCUUCUAUUGAAGAGCUUCGCAAAGACCAGGAGAGGAAUGAACUUCCGAUCACAGAUGACAACCCAGUUCUCCACGGUCUGUGCACAAGACUUGAAUACCUGUUACAGUAUGAUCAGAAGGAGAAGAAGGCGAUGUUUGGGAGCCGAAAGGAUUACUGGGAUUAUAUCAGCCUGUGUCUGAAUAAUCACAAAUGUGGAACAAACGCUGUGCAAUUUAUUAACCACACAACACAGUUGAACACCUCCCUGGGGAAGGGGCGAGCUUUUAUCCGAUACUGUCUGGUCCGACAGAAACUGGCAGACUCAUUACAGCUGUGCUUCCUCAAUCAGCAGCUAGUCGGUGACUGGUAUUAUGCUCGGAGCCCAUUCCUGUCAGACCGGCUCCGCUCUGACAUUGUGGACAUGUUAUACUCCCUGAAUGAAAUAAACUUCGACCUGGAUUUGGAGGGUGUCGACUUGGACACAGCCUGGCCAUUGGGCAAACGUGAAUAUAAGAUUCCCAGGAGGACAACAACAACUAGAAUUCCAUUCAAAAGCCUGUUUAAGGCAAAGAACAUCUUCAAAGUGGGGCUGUACAAGAAGCCAAAUUACUGGCUAGGAAAGGAACCUGAGCAUGAGAAACCAGUGGCUAUCGGAAGGAUGCAGAGUUCCAUGAAAUCUGAAGCACCAAGGAUACCAUCAGGAGCAUCGGCAACACACAGUGCUUCAAAGGGUCUCAGUGAUCUGCUAGGAAACCAAGAACCAAAUCUGGAUGUGUAUGGUAAUGGUUCCAGGUCAAACCCAUGUCAACAACUCCAAUCUCAACAUGAUGAGCAGGUGCACCAGCAUGAAGAACAGAGCAUAGGAUUGGUGAGCAACCUGAAGCAAAAGCCUAAUGGAUCAGAAGUGCCCAGAGGGAGCAGCCGAGUUGCUGUUCAGAGAUCUCAGGAACUUGUAUCCACCUUAACAACAGAUGAGAAGAGAGAGACUGAACUCGAAGUUAUAUCAGAACAGCGAUCUCUCCUAGAGAAACUCAGCAUAGAUCUAACUGAGAAAGAGGAUGUCAUUGAGCAACUAAACUUUCUACUCAAAGAGAGAGAGAAGACCCAUGAGGAGGAAUCCUCCAAACUUCAGCAAGAGAUCUCAAACUUGAAGGAAUUGCUGAAGAAUAUUGAGGAACAAUCAAACAAGUUGGAGCAGCUGGAGGACAGUAAUAACUUCCUGAAUGAAACAGUUGAGGAAAUGGAUAAGAUUCUAGAUGAACUGAAACAAGCCAUGGUUGAGAAAGACCACGAGAAUAUGUUACUGAGAAAGGAGCAGGUCGAAAAGAUAGUAGCAGCCCAGCAGAUCCACGAGCCAGAGUUGGAGAAACUGAAGUGUACGCUCGGUGAACAUCAAAAGGAAGAUGAUGGAUUGAAAGAAGAUACUGACGAAAGGCUCAAAACAGCAAAGGAGGAACUGAGAAACAAAAAGCCAAUUCUGGUUCAAUUUCAGAGUAAGACCAAUUUGGAAAAUUGGCAUCAGUUGGAUGAGAUGAAAGAGCUACAGAUAAAGCUGCAAAACAUGGCAUCUGAGAACAAUUCACUUGAAGAAAAGUACAAAGCAAGCCAACAGGAAGUCAAAGGAUUAAAAAUGUCUCUCAUCUCACUUCAGUCAGAGAUCAGCAAACUCCAAACUCCUGAGAAACAGCUGCUUCAACAGAGUGGUGCUGUUUUUCUCUCUCCUAAUGGCGGGCAGUUAAAGCUGGCAAUCGACAAUGGGAAUCCUGAAGAAAACCUGAGGGAAGGCCAAAAUGAGUUAGUCAAUCAAGAGCUGCAAAGGAAUGAAUCCACACAGGAAGAGACUGCAAGUUUGGAAAACGUCAUAGCCUUGAAGUUGGAACACCAUCAGGCCAUGGUGAAAAAGGAGAACACAAACAUUGCCACAAGGGAAAGGGAAGAUCUAAAUGUUUUGAAGGACAAAUUGGAGGAGAUUAAUCAGAAAUUAGAAGCUUCAAAUGCAGAGAAGUUAGAAACCAAACAGAAACUGGAGGAAACUGUGGACCAGCUCCAUAUGUUAAUGGCAAAGCAAUCAAGCACAGAAAACCAAACAACAGAAUCGAAAGAUCGACACGUAGCUCAUGAGGCAGAGAUGAAGGUGGAGUUGGCAACAUCUGCAAGAAAUCACACAGAAACUGUGGUGGUACAACCUGAAAGUGCUGAACUGAAACAGCGUUUGCACGAGGUCUGCAAAGAGAGAACAACUGCACAGAGAGAGCUGAGCGCAGCCCUUUCUGCUCUUGAGCAAUCUGAUCAGGAGGUCACCAGGGUUAAGAAGCAAAUGGAAGAGCUGGAGAAUGGUCGUAGGCUCCAGGUUCAAGAAAUGCUGGGAAGAAUCAAGACCAUUGAAGCUGAGAGGGAAGCACUGGUGCAACAGAAGGACGACCUGAGAAAGACAGUUUCUAUUCUUGAGGAGAACCUGCUGUACCUGAGGGACAAUACUGCAAAAGUUGAGCUGACUAGUGACAAGUCUCAAGGUGGGAUGGAGAGGGCCCAGGAUAAGGUGAAGCACUUACAAGCACAGCUGGUAGAGCUGUCGUCUGAGAAGGUUGAACUGGAGGGAGAGAUUGUCAGGUUGACAAAGCAACAAGAGGACGAUGCAGUCUGCCAGCUGGAGAGCACACGGGACAGCAAGGAGCAGCUGGCAUCCCUUGCAAAGGAAAAAAAAGAACUUUGUGCGGAAUUGCAGACUGUGAGGGAACAAGUGAGCUCACUGCAGCAAUUGUUGGAACAAGCGAGGUCAGAGUUUGAGCUGGAAAUGGCCAAGAAAAUGGCUGAAUGUAACAGGCAAACAGAGGCUCUCAAUGAAGAUUUGCUGACCACGAGAAAGGACGUCCAACACAAACUGGAAGAACUAAAGUCCAAGGAUGAUGAGCUCCUGUCUCUGGCUGAAUCUCUUACACAAAUGAGGAGAGCUGAAGAAGAUUUGAAGGACACUUUGAAAAAGACACAAGAAGAUGCAAAACGUAGGGAGGAGGAAUCCCAGUGUGAAAUCCGGGUUCUCAGGGAAACUGUCAGAUCACUGAAGGAGCGGACAGUGGAACUGCUGAGGGAGAAGGAUAUUCUAUGGCAGAAGUCGGAUAAUUUGGAGUUUAACCAGCGACAACUGGAUCAGAAACGUUUGUCAAGAAAAGAUCGAUUUGGAAGCAAGAAGUGAAUUUAAUCAGUGGCUGGAAAUUUGAGGACAGCUGGGCUCCGUUCUGUUGGUGCCUGUAGAGGGUGAAAUUCCGAUCCUUUUUGUUAAGUGGAAUAUUGGUGGAUGGUGAGCACUUUCCGUUUCAAAUCCUGAAGGGGGAUGAUUUGUGCUGAGCACGUGUUAAUGCACUGGAACAGGACUGGAGAAUCACUUCUUUGAAUCUACUUUCUGACCUGCGAUUUCCAGUCUGUGAUGGCUGUCAGUGCACUCCUACAAGACCUGACUAACUAAACUGACCACAAUUCCGGGGCUCGCUUUGCGUGUAACAUUUAGAUGUUACUUUUAUUUUUUUUCAAACGUUUGUUCGGUUUCUUUUGAAGAGUUGUUUUGGAUGCUGCUGUUUCCAGUCGGUGGAUACCGGCGUAAAAACCUAAUACUGCUUUGCCUUUAUCUAAGAAAGACUUGGAUGCUUUUUGCGUCUGUGAGAAACACCCUGCAGCAGAAGCGAGCACUUCGAACAUAGACACCGCCAGUGGGAUGCCCAAGAGCAGAGUGACCCAGAAUAUCUGUCUGUAGGAUAAAUCUGAAACAGGAUGCUGAGGCGAGCUGCCGGAUGGAUGAGUCCACACUGCUGACCACCGUGUUGUACAAGUGGCCUGCAUUAUUGCUCUCAUCAUGAGGUGUAUUUGUUGCCAAUGCUGUUUUUCCUGGUAGACCCACAGUGCUAAAGGGAAAACUACCUGCUCACCUAACAUGAAGAUGUUGUUGUGAUGAACUGGGUGGAGCUAAUUGCAGGUGGUAACUAUCAGGUGGUAGACGCUGUCAGAGACAACCUGAUCAUAUGGCCUCACUCUUUUGCGAUUCUAAGCUGUUCACCCACAAAAGUCCAGUGAGAUAAUCGGAGUAGGUGGUAUUUCAAGCAUGCCUCACUGUUAACCCUAUCUGACCUAUGUUCCCUUUCACAAUGCUGCUUGUCUCUUUUUCCAGUCAUACCAAUAGGAUCUUAGAACAUAGAACAUUACAGCACAGUAAAGGCCCUUUGGCCCUCAAUGUUGUGCCGACCUGUCAUACCGAUCUCAAGUAUUCCAUGGUCUCUGAUGAAGGGUCUAGGCCCGAAACGUCAGCUUUUGUGCUCCUGAGAUGCUGCUUGGCCUGCUGUGUUCGUCCAGCCUCACAUUUUAUUAUCUUGGAAUCUCCAGCAUCUGCAGUUCCCAUUAUCUCUGAUACUAUUCCAUGUACGUCCAUAUUCUUGGCAGUGUGGAGGAACAGAGGGAUCUUGGUGUGCAGAUACAUAGAUCCCUUAAAAUGGCCACCCAAGUGGACAGGGUUGUGAAGAAAGCAUAUGGUGUUUUGGCUUUCAUCAACAGGGGGAUUGAGUUUAAAAGUCGUGAGAUCUUGUUGCAACUCUAUAAAACUUUGGUUAGACCGCACUUGGAAUACUGCGUCCAAUUCUGGUCGCCUUAUUAUAGGAAAGAUGUGGAUGCUUUGGAGAGGGUUCAGAGGAGGUUUACCAGGAUGCUGCCUGGACUGGAGGGCUUGUCUUAUGAAGAGAGGUUGACUGAGCUCGGACUCUUUUCAUUGGAGAAAAGGAGGAGGAGAGGGGACCUAAUUGAGGUAUACAAGAUAAUGAGAGGCAUAGAUAGAAUUGAUAGCCAGAGACUAUUUCCCAGGGCAGAAAAGGCUAACAUGAGGGGUCAUAGUUUUAAGCUGGUUGGAGGAAAGUAUAGAGGGGAUGUCAGAAGCGGGUUCUUUACACAGAGAGUUGUGAGAGCAUGGAAUGCGUUGCCAGCAGCAGUUGUGGAAGCAAGGUCAUUGGGGACAUUUAAGAGACUGCUGGACAUGCAUAUGGUCACAGAAAUUUGAGGGUGCAUACGUGAGGAUCAAUGGUUGGCACAAUAUUGUGGGCUGAAGGGCCUGUUUUGUGCUGUACUGUUCUAUGUUCUAUGUUCUAUAUGCUUAUCCAAUGACGACUUAAAUGUACCUAAAGUUAGCGAAUCUACUACCGUUGCAGGCAAAGCGUUCCAUUCCCUUACUACUCUCUGAGUAAAGAAACCACCUCUGACAUCUGUCCUGUAUCUUUCACCUCUCAAUUUAAAGCUAUGCCCCCUCAUGCUCGCCGUCACCAUCCAAGGAAAAAGGCUCUCCCUAUCCAUCCUAUCUAACCCCCUGAUUAUUUUAUAUGUUUCAAUUAAGUCACCUCUCAACCUUCUCUCUAAUGAAAACAGUCUCAAGUCCCGCAGCCUUUCCUCUGAAGGCCUGAGAGAGAAUGUAGAACCUCAACAUCAUGUCCCAUCUGGAAAGAUGCUACUUCCAACAGGGUGACAUUCCAUCAGAACUGAUCAUCUGAAAGUGCGGCCCUUCCCCAUGACUGAACCUCCGACAGUGCGGCACUCCCUCAGCACUGACCCUCCGACAGUGCGGCACUCCCUCAGCAAUGACUCUCCGACAGUACGGCACUCCCUCAGCACUGACCCUCCGACAGUGCGGCACUCCCACAGCACUGACCCUCCGACAGUACAGCACUCCCUCAGCACUGACCCUCCGACAGUGCGGCACUCCCUCAGCACUGACCCUCCGACAGUACGGCACUCCCUCAGCACUGACCCUCCGACAGUGCGGCACUCCCUCAGCACUGACCCUCCGACAGUGCGGCACUCCCUCAGCACUGACCCUCCGACAGUACGGCACUCCCUCAGCACUGACCCUCCGAAAGUACGGCACUCCCUCAGCACUGACCCUCCGACAGUGCGGCACUCCCUCAGCACUGACCCUCCGACAGUGCGGCACUCCCUCAGCACUGACCCUCCGACAGUA